AUGAACACCGAAAAGCUAAAGAAGUUGCAGUCGCAGGUGCGCAUCGGCGGUAAGGGCACUCCGAGACGCAAGAAAAAGGUUGUUCAUGUUACCGCGGCGACAGAUGACAAGAAAUUGCAGUCAUCGCUCAAAAAAUUGUCAGUAAACACUAUCCCUGGCAUCGAGGAGGUGAAUAUGAUAAAAGAUGACGGAACAGUGAUACACUUCAACAACCCGAAAGCGCAGGCAUCCCUCGCGGCCAACACUUUCGCUAUUACUGGUCAUGGAGAGAACAAGCAGAUCGCCGAGAUGCUCCCCGGCAUCCUCAGUCAGCUCGGCCCCGAAGGCCUGAACCAGCUGAAGAGGUUGGCGUCGAGCGUCGCCGCGCCUAAACCACUCGACGAGGACGAUGAGGUCCCUAACCUAGUCGGCAACUUCGACGACGCAUCGAAGCAGGAGGCCAAGGAAGUCAUCACGAACGAGAAAGAGAAGGAAAAAGAAAAGGAAAAGAAACCCGAAUCAGAAACCAAAGCUGCAGAUAAAAAAACCGAUUAA